CACAGCAAUUGAACACGCCGUUUAAACUCGCGAGCGCUCGCGAAUGAUCACCGUGGUCUUGUGCCUUCUCCCGAGCGAAGCGAGACGCGUAUUUUGUUUAAAACAUGGAGCCGAAGACGAGACACGGUUUUCCCGUUUCAAGAAUACGAACGAUCAUGAAGAGUUCCCCCGAAGUAUCAUGUUUAGGCCAGGACUCCGUCCACAUAACCACCAAAGCUUCUGAACAAUUCGUGGCGCUGCUGGUACGUGAAGCAUUCAAGCACAGCAAAGACAAGAAGACAGUCCAGUACUCGGACCUGGCCGCUGUGGUGGACUCUCAGGACCGGCUGGACUUUCUAAAUGACAUAAUCCCACGAAAAGUGAAGUUCAAGGAUUUCCUGAAAUACCUCAAAGAAACGGAGGCAGAGGAGCAGGAACGUGAGCAGCAAGCUGAGUUAUGAACAGAAGAAAAGACUUUGCUUUAUUUGCUCAUUCUGUUGUGGUGGUGCAAACAGGAAGCAUGUAUAUUUAUGUCUCGCAGUUGUCAGUUAACCUAAUAAAGCAUUUUGCUUUCCUUU